GCAAGGAAAUGGCAUGGUUAACACACACAAAACUAAGCUGAUACCACUCGGUUCUGUUCUUGCAAUAAGCAAUUAAAAAAAAAGAGAGAGAGAGAAAAAACUUAUAUGGAUCCAGAUUGCCCGGUAUAGCAGAAAGUCUGGAGCGAUUUUGUUUGGUCGCUGUAACGAAGAAAAAGAGAAGCUGUCAUUUUGUGUGUGUGUGCCCUAUACAAGGGCCUCCUGGUUCCUUGUUAGCUUAUAGAGGGGGGAAAAACGCGUUUGAUGUUACAUCUGACCAGCUGCUGUUCUCCAUAAUAACAAGCGAGAGAACUGCCUGCCCUAGUGCGUUGCGUCACUUUUGCUUCAACUUUAGGCUAGAAAUCAAGAGAGCGAGAGAGAGGAGAGAGAACUUUCAAGGAAGCAGGAGGGAGCUGGAAAGCCCUGCAGUCUGCCUCCCACCCAUUCACCCCUCCUCCUUUGCCCCCUCCUUCCCCUCCUCCUCCCCCCAAAAAACUUUUCCAUCAGAGAAAGAGGGAGAUCUCUUUGGAAACAUGGAGCUGCUGUGCUGCGAGGUGGAUCCCAUGCGGAGAGCUCUGCCCGACCCGAACUUACUCUAUGAUGACCGCGUUUUGCACAAUUUGUUAACCAUAGAAGAGAGGUAUCUGCCCCAAUGUUCCUAUUUCAAAUGCGUCCAGAAGGACAUCCAGCCCUUUAUGAGGAGGAUGGUGGCGACCUGGAUGUUGGAGGUCUGUGAAGAGCAGAAGUGUGAAGAAGAGGUUUUCCCCCUAGCCAUGAAUUACUUGGACAGAUUUUUAGCUGUGGUGCCCACCAGAAAGUGCCAUCUGCAGCUGCUGGGGGCAGUUUGCAUGUUCUUGGCCUCCAAGCUGAAAGAGACAAUCCCCCUCACUGCAGAGAAACUUUGCAUAUAUACGGACAAUUCCAUCAAACCCCAAGAGCUGCUGGAGUGGGAGCUGGUGGUGCUGGGAAAGUUGAAGUGGAAUCUUGCAGCAGUGACUCCACAUGAUUUCAUUGAACACAUUCUAAGAAAACUGCCUCUACCUAAAGACAAGUUGCUUUUGAUCCGGAAGCAUGCACAAACAUUUAUUGCCCUUUGUGCCACAGAUUUUAACUUCGCCAUGUAUCCACCAUCAAUGAUAGCAACUGGAAGCGUGGGAGCAGCCAUCUGUGGCCUUCAGCUUGAUGAUGGAGAAAGUUCACUCUCCGGUGACAGCCUAACAGAACUCCUGGCCAAGAUCACAAACACAGAUGUGGACUGCCUUAAAGCCUGCCAAGAACAGAUAGAGUCGGUGCUAGUAAGCAACCUUAGGCAAGUCCAGCAGCAGCAACAGCAAAGCAAUCCUUCUAAGAUGGUGGAUGAACUGGACCAGGCCAGCACUCCCACAGAUGUGAGAGACAUCAACCUUGGAGAAACGAGAUACAACAAAGACAAGAUACUUCAAGGACAAGGUGUGGAUGAGCCCCUUUCUGCAACUGGUUUCAGACAAGCAGAUGCUGCUGGUGUAUUUCUCAGUAAUGUAAAGUUUACUCAUGUCUUCUCAAGUGACCUCCUUCGAGCGAAGCAGACUGCAUCCACAAUUAUAGGAAAGAAUAAGUUUUGCAAAGAUAUUGUAAUACAGUAUGAUGCAAGACUACGAGAGAGGAAAUAUGGGAUUGCUGAAGGAAGACCAUUGAGUGACCUAAAGGCAAUGGCAAAGGCUGCUGGAGAGCAAUGUCCUUCGUUUACACCAUCUGGAGGAGAAACACUAGAUGAGGUAAGGGCACGUGCAAAGAAUUUCUUUGAAUUUCUGUGCCAACUUUCUAUUGAAGAAGAGUGUCAGAAACAACAAGCUGUUCUGGGUAUGGCAGGCAAUGGCUUGGAAACAUUGGAAGGAAAACCAGUUUUCCCUUUGAGAAACCACUGCUGUGGACUUGAACUUAAUUCUGAUACUGACAAAGAUACAAAAAUGUUAAAUCCCAAUAUAUUGGUAGUGAGUCAUGGGGCAUACAUGAGAAACUGGUUUGGUUAUUUUGUUUUGGAUCUAAAGUGCACUUUACCAUCAGCUUUAAAAAAGUCUCAGUUAUCUUCUGUGAGCCCUAAUACUGGAGUGAGUCACUUCAUUAUAAACCUUGGAAACGGAGAUGUGAUUAAACCGGAAAUCAGUUGUAUUUGUCUUAAUCGAGACGAUCAUUUAGCAGAUGUGAAUACUGAAAAUCUGUAGCUCAAACAAUUAAAAUGUUAGCAAUAUUAAAUGUAUUAUAUAGCAUUUUUAGUCUUAAGUUAUUUAAGCAUGAGAAAUAAUUCAUUUUAAAAAAUACCCUUAAUUAGCAAAUAAGUCUUGACUAAGUUGAUGUUCUAUUUGGAAAAUUGGUCUUAAUAGUUAGUUGGGUUGACUUGAAUUCAGUUAUUGGCACUAUACUGUAAGAUUCUGAAGAACUGUAAUAAUCUGUUUUACAGUAAUUUACACAAUAUAGAUGACCUUAGUGCUUGAUAGUAAUUCAGUAUUGUAAAAAAUAUACUAAAACAUAUUCUUUAUGAACAGGAACUUAAAGAUAUUACUAUUCAGGACUCCUGGAUAUCUGUUGCUGUAGUGUGUAUUUUUUACCAUUCUACCAAAAAUGUUAUGCAUAUCAUCAGCUGUUUUUCAAAAAGUAUUACAUGACAAAAAGUUUAGAAAUACUGUAACUAAGGAAGUUAAUUUUUUCUCCAACCUACUGUGCUGUAACUUUAUAUAUUUAAGUUGUUUUUUAUAAAUGUAAAUGUGUUCCUAUUUUAAUGUAAUAGUAUAACCUAGUAGAGGGAGCAUUGUCUAGUGGGAAGAGCAUGGAACCGUAGGUGUUUGGGGAAGACCUGGCUCUGCCACUGACUAGCUGUGAGACCCUGGGCAAGUCUCUUAAUCUCACCAUGCCUCAGUUUUCCCAUCUGCAAAAAUGGGGAUGAUGAAACUUACCUCACAGGUGUGUUGUGAGGAUUCAGGUUAUUAAAACAUUUUUGAGAUCCUCUCCUGUAAAUCCUUGUACAAAUGCAGAGUGUUGAUUAUUUAAAACUGUUAGUAGGGUGUGGAGCGCUAACUUGCGCAUUUCCAAAAUUAUGACUUCUGUCCUGAAAAGGAAUUCUUGCACAUGGAACAUUGUGUCCAGCUAGGGUCCCAAUGAGUUAAAUGGGACUCUCAUGAGUGGUUACAUUUGCAGGGUCUAGGCUGCUGUAAGCACUCGAGUGCUUAUGGUUACUAGUAAUACUGUAUGUUCUUCCACCUUUGGGGCGUCUUUAGUAUUCGCAUGUAUGAGCGCACAUGUAAUAACCUCUAUAUAUGUUGUAGUAAAACUAUUCUCGCAAUUUGCAUAUCUUAAAAGAUUGUAAAUAAAAUCAUUAAAGCCG